ACGACAUCCAUACACUUUCCAAUCGCAACAUCGCUCGCUUCAAGACACUUUGGAUUGAUCACCAAGAUGCCAUCUGGAAUCUUCAAUUCAAGUUACUACGGCAAAGACUACCGAGCCGGUGCUGCUCUACUCCGUGCUCGACGACCAUACCUCGUCAGAAAUACAUUGACCGGUCUCGGUCUUUGUGGAUUCGUUGUUGGUGUUUACGUCUUCACAAUCCGCGCAGUUGGUCAAGAAGAUUUCUCCGAUGUCGUUGUUCCUCCGGCCCCGGCCACGGCCACGAAUCAACAACAGAAGUAGUUUCUUCGACUACUUCUAUUCAGCUUUCGCUGCGAAAUACAUGUACAGAUACUUUUUAUUGACGGAGUUAGAACUUGCAUAAGGCGUUCGGGAUUUCGAAAAUUUACAAGCGCUUUUCAAUUGAGCGCGUGGACAGAAGAAGACUGAGGAUUCUACGUUAGACUAUUUCGAGAUAUAUAUGGAAUUGAAGAACCUCGCUUCUACAACUAGCAAAAUCCUAGGAACGGGCUUUUAGUAUCUCU